CCCUCGCGCACGCGCGCACGGAGGGGGGGCGACGGCCGCGGUGACGUGCUGCGGUGGCAGCGGGUGGACGGCGACGCGUGAGGUGCGUGAUAUCCCGCGUCUUGGGAGCAGUGUCCCGGCCCCCAGCCACUCCCCGCCGCCGCCAUGUCGGGCCGUUCGGUCCGGGCCGAGACCCGUAGCCGGGCCAAAGAUGACAUCAAGAAGGUGAUGGCGGCCAUCGAGAAAGUGCGGAAAUGGGAGAAGAAAUGGGUGACUGUGGGUGACACAUCCCUGAGGAUAUUCAAAUGGGUGCCUGUGACAGAUAGCAAGGAGAAAGAAAAAUCAAAAUCGAAUAACACAGCGGCCCGGGAACCUAAUGGCUUUCCCUCUGACGCCUCAGCCAAUUCCUCCCUCCUCCUUGAAUUCCAGGAUGAGAACAGCAACCAGAGUUCCGUGUCAGAUGUCUAUCAACUCAAGGUGGACAGCAGCACCAACUCCAGCCCCAGCCCCCAGCAGAGUGAGUCCCUGAGCCCAGCACACACCUCAGACUUCCGCACGGAUGACUCCCAGCCCCCAACCCUGGGCCAGGAGAUCCUUGAGGAGCCUUCGCUGCCUGCGUCUGAAGUUGCAGAUGAGCCUCCUACACUCACGAAGGAAGAACCGGUGCCAGCAGAGACCCAGGCCACUGAGGAAGAGGAGGACUCUGGUGCCCCGCCUUUGAAGCGAUUCUGUGUGGACCAGCCUGUAGUACCGCAGACCACAUCGGAGAGCUAGCACCGUCCCGGCCCCUCGCCUCCUGGCCCCGCCUCUAUUUAUUGCAUUCUGGUCUGGCCGAGCUCUGAUGCUGGGGUCCGGGCAAGCACUAGGGUCCAGAGCCUGUGCGUGGGAGCCCUCUGGGCUGGAAGGCUGACGGAGGGCGUGGGGUCGUCGCACCAUCUUCCUGUUCCUGACACUUGUGUCUGCUUGCUCUUGAGCAGAGGAGCACUCGCAUCUUUUCUGCACCCCAAGUAGGCCAGAGCAUCAGGGUUCAUUUCUCACCUCCAGAACCACUGCACGGAGCUGCUGGCGCCACCACGAGGAGAAAGGUGUGGAAGGCACCUUAGAGAAGAGUGCCUAGGAGUCCUUGGAUUGAGUGGAGACUGUAGAGUGUGGACCUUGCCACAGGGCCAGGCCCUGCGGGCUGCUGCUGGAAGAGGGACUGGCCGGGGAGAGGCUCUUCCAGGACCGAGGGCCUUUCUCCACCUGUGGGCAGGAGACCAGUGGGGGAUGGAUCGCAUCCUGUCCCUGAGGCAGGCCUGCCUCUGUUGGAUGCCCCAGCUGCUCCCAGCCCUGUGCCUGCCAGAACCUUCCGCUUCCUCACA